GUCUACGGCUCUGGAACAGGCUCCUUUCUGAUCCGCACUCCACCACAGAAGGGGGCGCAAUGCACCAGUGACUUGAUGUCCUUCCGCCAAGAAACUACACGAAGAAGCAAAUCCAAACAAUCAUGGACGCCGGCAGUGGUGGGAAUGACGUGAAAGACUCCAGCAGUGAUGGAGACAUUGCCUCUGUGAUGGGGUUCUCUGGCUUUGGGAAGAAGGCUCGCACCUUUGACCUGGAGGCCAUAUUUGAGCAGACCCGGAGAACAGCAAUCGAAAGGAGCCAGAGAGCAUUCGAGGAAAGACAGCAGGAGGAGGCCCAGCAGGAGGAGGCAGGCAGUUCACAGAAGAGCAAAGUCAGACCUGCAACAAAACCCUCAAGGCCCCAGGAGAGCGGGGACAGCAGCGGGGACAGCAGCGACGACGGCUCGGACUCAGACUCCAGCUCUGACCUCAUCGGCCCCCCCGCCCCCUCCCAGCUCGCCGCCCGCGGGUCCUCCAGUCACGAGGACCCCGACGAGCUUGUGGGACCCCCUCUUCCUCCGGGGUACAGAGCCAGUAUGGCCGCGGAUGAUGAUGAUGACGAUGAGGAAGAUAUGCAGGAGGAAGACGACAACCCAGUCAAAAAAAUUCCAGACACACAUGAAAUCACACUUCAGCACGGCAGCAGAACGGUGUCCGCUCUGGGCUUGGACCCCUCUGGUGCCCGGCUGGUUACCGGGGGAUACGACUACGACGUGAGGUUCUGGGACUUCGCUGGGAUGGAUUCCGCCCUGCAGGCUUUUCGAUCCCUUCAGCCUUGUGAAUGCCACCAGAUCAAGUCCCUGCAGUACAGCGUCACUGGCGAUGUCAUCCUGGUAGUAGCGGGAAAUGCUCAGGCUAAGGUGUUGGACCGGGAUGGCUUCCAGGUCCUGGAGUGUGUGAAGGGGGAUCAGUACAUCGUGGACAUGGUCAACACUAAGGGUCACACCGCAAUGCUGAACAGUGGCUGUUGGCAUCCAAAGAUUAAGGAGGAGUUCCUAACCUGCUCCAAUGAUGGUACGGUGCGUACCUGGGACCUGAACUCGGAGAAGAAGCACAAGUCCGUUUUCAAGCCCCGCUCCCUGCAGGGCAAGCGGGUCACCCCCACCUGCUGCGCCUACAGCCGGGACGGGAAGCUGAUCGCAGCCGGCUGCCAGGACGGGACCAUUCAGAUCUGGGACCGGAACCUCAGCGUGCACACCAAGUUCCACUGCCGUAAGGCUCACACCCCAGGCUCGGACAUCUGCUGCCUGGCUUUCUCUUACGACGGGACGACCUUGGCGUCCCGAGGAGGUGACGACACUCUGAAAACCUGGGACAUCCGGAACUUCAGCAAGCCUCUCAAUGUCGCCUCAGGCCUGACCACCAUCUUCCCCAUGACGGACUGCUGUUUCAGCCCAGAUGACAGGCUCCUAGUGACGGGCACUUCAGUGAAGAAAGGCGAGGGCAACGGCAAGCUGGCGUUCUUCGACAGGGCGUCGUUCCAGAAGGUGUAUGAGAUCGAGGUGACUGAUGCGAGUGUGGUACGCUGUCUCUGGCACCCUAAACUGAACCAGAUCAUGGUGGGGACCGGGAAUGGCUUGGCCAAGGUCUACUACGACCCUGUCAAGAGUCAGAGAGGAGCUAAGCUGUGUGUGGUGAAGAGCAAGAGGAAGGAAAGACAGGCAGAGACCCUGACUCAGGACUACAUCAUCACACCCCAUGCGCUGCCCAUGUUCAGGGAGGCACGACAGCGCAGCACCAGGAAGCAGCUGGAGAAAGACAGGCUUGAUCCGCUGAAAUCGCAUAAACCCGAGCCCCCAGUCUCUGGACCAGGUCGAGGCGGUCGAGUGGCGGCUCACGGCGGCACUCUGUCCUCCUUCAUCGUGAAGAACAUCGCUCUGGACAAGACUGACGACAGCAACCCCCGCGAGGCCAUCCUGCGCCACGCCAAGGCCGCCUCCGAGAGCCCGUACUGGGUCGCCCCAGCCUACACCGUGACUCAGCCGGAGCCCAUGUUCGCCGAGGUGGAGUCGGAGGACGAAGAAGCCGACAAAGAGCCGGAAUGGAAGAAGCGCAAGAUCUGAGCUGUGCCCCGCCCCCCCAACCGCCACCCCCUCCCCCCCAGGUGGAAGGCACCGUUUGUACAGUAGAGCCGUCCCGCCCGGUUUUAGCCCUCGUCUGUCUUACACUGACGCCCUGCAGAAAUGUUUAUAGAUAUAAUCUCCAGCUUGGACGUGCCUCUAAGAUUCUGUGUUGAUGUCUGAAGCAACUGAAGUUGUUGUACAUGCACGCUUUUAAAGAUUCGGUUUAUUUCAAUAAAGAUGGCAAAAAAAAAACA